ACGGCGAACGUUCGGUCGACCCGAUUGCGUCGCGUCCUGUCUCAGUGUUGCGAAUCGUGAAUGCAUGUGUUUAUUUCUUUUUUUCUCUCAUAAGCAUUUCUUUCACCCCACCCUUCCCCAUGCUAUCUCGCCCUCUUUGUUCAUCACCCUAAUUACCAACCCCUAUGCUUCACAGCAAUUUGCCCUUUCCUUUUUUAAUGUAAAAUCCUACAUUACAACUCCGUCGGUGUAACAAGCGAAACAAGGAUGCGACUGCGUCAGACAAGAGGUGAAAGCUUCGUCGUACGAAGAGGAAUGAUAAGCCUUCAAAAACCCAGACAGAGUGUGACUUCGGUCGCUCUGCACUCUUCGUGGCUGUCCCUUAAGGCGCAGAAAUUGAUACAAUCGGUUAGAUAAGAGCAGACGAGUAAGCGGCUAAUGAAAUAGAAGAGUUGAAUCGUGGAGCGUUGCUGUAAACUGUGCGGAGCGAUCAAUUUCUUGAACGAAGGCUGUUACUCUCGCUACUAUUAUUUGCUGCUACUCGCGACAGUUCCACAGGCUGGCACGAAGAUCAUCGAUCGAUUCAACAGGAUGACAGCGUGACUCCUGGGUUUCACGGCCUAUCGAAAUACAACACGUACAAUUGCUGAGCCAACAGGAAGCAAAAAUUGAUGUGGGAUAAAGAACUGUUGCUGAGUUUCUCCAUCCGAAAUUAAAGCAAGGAUAUUUGAUGCGCUUGUGCAAAUCCCUACAUCCACAGUGAUCGAAAGGAUACAAAAGGAUCAGCAUGACAUCACAAGAUACUAUCAUCUCGGUAAAGGAGGAAGAUCUAAUCAGCGUCGUAACAUCAUUUAUCCACUCAAACUCCACGUCGAUUACCAACAAUGUUCAGCCAGCUGCUACAUUUCUUUCCUUUUUUAUAAACUUUCCUGGCGAUUUUUCACCCUACAAUGCAAUAGAGGCAUUUUUUCUGACCGUGCUGCUCCUCCUCAUCACGUUCCUGACGAUAGCAGGUAAUGCUACCAUCUUUUUCAUCAUCAUAUACUUCAAGAGAUUUCGACGCUCCAACUACUUAGUGAUUAGUUUGGCUGUGAGCGACUUGCUGGUCGGCUUAGUGGUAAUGCCACCGGCAAUAAUCUACCAAGUGUCGGGCGAUUGGUACUUCGGUUCUACUUCGUGCCACAUUUGGCUCAGCGCCGAUGUGCUCAACUGCACCGCUAGCAUUUUCAAUCUCUGCAUGGUUUCCAUAGACCGAUUCUGGCUGAUCAUGAAACCGCUAAAAUAUGAAACGAAGAGGACGAAGCUACGGAUGUCGCUGUAUAUCGUCAUCAUUUGGUCUCUAGCCAUGUGCAUUAGUCUACCGCCUCUUUUAACGAUGGGAAAUGAAUAUGAAGAAGUACAAAACGGGCCCACGCUCUGUGCGCUUUACCAGCAUUUUAUCUACCAAAUUUACGCAAUUGUAGGGAGUUUUUACAUUCCGCUGCUUGUUAUAAUUCCGAUAAAUUAUAAAUUAUUUAAUGCCGCACGCGAUAAAUCUGCCAUGAAUUAUCAAGUGGGUCGGUUUGACAUGGAAUUGGAGCCAGACGUCAAUCCGUCAUGCGAUCGCCAUAGGAUCAUACGUUCAACCAUCUGUCCACGACAUUCCCACAACGAGCGUGUAAGGCCAAGUUUGCCGGAAACACACUUAAGAAAUAUCGCCUCAUCUACAGACUGCUGUACAGUGUGGGAAGUCUAUAAAAAAUGGAAUGGGAACUGGCUUAGGGAAUGUUACGUAAGAGAGAGCGGAGAUAAUCCAAGGCGUCACUCCACCGGUGAACGGCGAGAGAGCCCUAUGCGGAACAUGUUGCAAAAAUCGAUAAGGAUGCUGAGCGGUAACAAUCAAAUCUGCAUUUGUAAUAGACGCCAGCUAAGAAGGAGGAAGAGUGAACGGAAGGCUAGUACUACCUUAGGCAUUAUUGUUGGUGCCUUCAUUGUUUGCUGGCUUCCGUUCUUUAUGUUGGCACUGAUCAGACCAUUUUACAAAGCUGAUGAUAUUCCGCAUUCCGUAUCGUCCCUAUUCCUCUGGCUUGGUUACUGCAACAGCGCGUUAAAUCCAAUCAUCUACGCUAUCUUCAAUAAGGAAAUACGCAAACCAUUUAUUUUAAUAAUGUGCUUACGCUGGCGCAACAUCAAUGAGUUAAUGCGCGAGGAAUAUUACCAACGACAGUUCGGUGAACGUAGGACAAGGAAUGACGUUAACGGCGGCAACGACGGCACGGAGAAUACGGAACGGGCAGAUCUUGUCGAUGAUAGUAACUUAAACAUCAAUCACAAUAAUCCGAAUAUCGACAAUAACAGUCAAAACUAUAAUAACAAUCAGAAUGUCGACAAUAACAAUCAGGAUGUCGACCGUAACAAUUCGGACAUCAGCAAUAAUAAUCAGGAUGUCGAUGGGAACAAUCAAGACGUCGGCGGUAAUAACCAGGACGUUGCUAAUAAUAAACAAGAUGUCAAUAAUAAGAAGCAAGAGCUCGAUGAUAAUAAGAUUAUUGUCGGUAAAAAUCAGAUUGUUAUUGAUAUUGUCGAGGAGUCCGAGAUAUCCCGCUUCUGAUCCAAAGAGUGCUCCUCGAAUAACGAGGAUCAUGACAUUCAACGCAGAUCAUCGUCGUACUGCAUGGACAUCUUUCAAGUUGUCGCCGAAAUUCAUGCACCUUGUAUAACAGAGACCCUCGUGUGACUAAACAAUGUGGAUAUCAGGCAUGUUUUAUGACUCGACAAUGUUUUCCUCCAUAAAACCUUUAUAUCAUCUAGUUAACAGUUCAGUCUUUUGCUCUUCUGUUAAUUUACGCGUUUCCUUUAGUUUCACAGAUAUCGUGUCAUCAUUUUUCUUGAAAAUAUGAUUUUCUCUUCGUUUUAUAUAUCACAGUAUUUCUUUACGUAACUUUUUUACUCAACUUAUAAUAUAUUAUACAUUAUCUUUCAUUUUAUAUCUUCAACGUUAUUUUCUUGCCGGCGAUUUUGUUGUCGAGAAUUUGGAUCAAUUAACUCAGUUAAUUUUGCAGUCGUUUGAAAAUAAUUCAACAGAUUAUUUUCGAAAUCUAAUUUAGAAUUUUUGAAAAUUGUGUUAUAAAAUUCUAUGGGAACUAUAAGAUUUGCAUUAGUGUAUUGUCUACUCUGACGCAUACAAAAUUAAAUGUUUAACCUCCUUUUUAAGGUGUUGUACAGAAAUCAGUUUUUAUAACUCAAAAUGUACAAGAUACGACUCUUUUUAUUAUGAAAAGAUUUAUAUUUUUAUUAUUUUUAAGUGUGUGUGUAUGUGUGCGGCGAUGGAGCAUUAGCCUUCUUAAAUGCUUCAAGAUUUGAAUUUCGUAUUUCUAUAAUACUCAUCAUUUUCCAAAGAUAUGCUUAAGAUGAAAAAAUAAUCUGUUAAAUUAAUUUUGACGCCUGCUAAAUUAACCAAAUUAAUAGAUUUCGACACUUAAUAAUAUAAUCGUUUAUUUAAACCAAUAAUAAUAAUUUUACUGCAGAAUUUGCAUAUUAU